UUUUCCGGUCAUUUGUCGUCCUCAUAUCUGUAUGUGCACACAAUAGACACAUGCUCUCCCAAGCAUGUGUCUAUAGAGAGCUAUGGUUACCAAACCUUCUUUGCAAACAGGAUCGGCGAGAUCCAGAACACAACAGCAAUCCGAGAUUGGUGGUGGAUUCCUGGUCCUCUCAAUAUUGCUGAUAUCAUAACCAGAGGGGCCAGUCCUCAAGACCUGGAUGAAAGUUCAGAAUAGCAGAACGGACCAACAUUCUUGAAGCUACCAGUGGAUGAGUGGCCAGUUAAAUCUGCCAAAGAGUUGGUGAUGGCUGCCAGAGACGGUGUCAACAGAUUACAGAAGAAAGCCUUUGUUGCUGCACUGACCCGAGCACAAGCCAAGGCCCAACUGCUGCCGGAUCCAAAGGAUACUGACACGCAGAAGCCUUCUGAACUAAAGCAAGACCAGGAACCAACUCAGACCCAAACACAACCAAAGAGGCCACCAGCAGGAUCAACUGUCCAAGAACUGGUGGAUGUCAAGCGGUUCAGUAACCUAAGCCGACUUGUCAAAACAGUCGCCUGGAUCCGGAGGGCAGCAAGGAUGUUCAUGAAAGGGAACAAGCAAACUGCAAACAAUCCAAAGUGGGAGGCAGUGUCGUUUUCAAAAGUCAUCUCAGUGACAGAGAGGGAAGAUGCCCUAAAAUACAUCUUCCUUGCGGCACAGCAAAGUGCAUUCUUCCCAAGCACAACCACAGACAGGCUGGUGGUGUACAGAGACCAAGGGACUGGAUUGUUGGUCUGUGGGGGUCGUGUGCAGAUCUUCAAUGAAGAUAAAGUUGCUGUCCCCAUCUUGCCUUACGAAGCCUGGGUGUCGACACUGUUAGCACGAGAAGCCCACGAGGAGAACCACGAUGGAGUGGCCGGGACCUUGCUCAAGAUGAGAAGAAGAGCAUGGGUCGUGAAAGGUCGGAGAAUUGCUCAAAAAGCGGUCGAAAACUGCAUGUUCUGCAGGAAAACUAAAGCAAAAAGAUGCCAGCAAAUAAUGGGUGAUCUACCUCCAGAGAGGACAGAACCAGCUGCCCCAUUCCACUACACAACAGUCGACCUCUUCGGACCCUACCAAGUCAGGGAUGAUGUAAAGAAAAGAGUGUCACUGAAGGUUUGGGGAAUUGUGUUUUGUUGCAUGGCCUCCAGAGCUAUUCACACCGAUCUGGUGAACUCUCAGUCCACAGAGAGUUUUCUGUUUGCCUACCAGAGGUUCACAGCACUAAGAGGUCAUCCAAAGAAAAUCUGGUCAGAUCCUGGGACCAACUUCAUUGGGGCUAAGCCAGUCCUAGAAGAACAGUACCGAUUCCUUGCCAAUCUUGACAAAGCUACCCUGGAGGAGAGAACUGCCAAGGAUGGCACAGAAUGGUCGUGGAAGAUUCAUCCAGCCGAUUCUCCACACCGGAAUGGUGCCGCAGAAGCUGCUGUGCGCAUUGUCAAGAGAGCACUGCAGAGUCUUGGAGGAGAGUCCGGCCUAAGUUGGAGUGAAUUCCAAACAACUCUCUACACGGCUGCCAAUCUUGCAAAUGAAAGACCAAUUGACGCCAGGACACAGAGCCGAGAAGACAGCGUCCAGUUCAUCACUCCUAACUGUCUCCUGCUCGGACGAGCAUCACAGGGUGGAGAUGUCAGAACAUUCGACUUCAGUGACUAUCCCUACAAAAGGCUUAGAGAAAUGCAAGCGCAAGUUAAUAAGUUCUGGAGGAACUGGAGUCAACUUGCUGGUCCUAACUUAUUCGUAAGAAACAAAUGGCAUACCGCCAAGAGAAAUGUCGCAGUCGGGGACAUCGUCUGGAUGGCGGACCAAAACGCCCUUAGGGGUCAGUUCAGGAUUGCAAGAGUGGUUAGCGUCAACUCGGACAGCAAAGGAGUUGUGAGGGACGUCAAUGUCAGAACCUUCCCAAGCUACCCCGUUCCUGUCACAAGGCCUACCAGAGCAAAAGUAAUUCACCGAACAUCUAAGAAAUUCAAAGAAAAGAUCCCAGCAGCAGUUCUUCACAGAGACGUAAGGCGACUAGUGGUCUUGCUUCCCACCGAAGAACAGAACUAAACAUCUGACCCAAGUUGCACCUGUAACAUGCGACCUCCCAGGUGUCUCCACUGGAAGGUCGAGUGGGAGGUGUGAAGUCAACUUGGAAAAUCCCCGCUUGAUACGAAGGGAAGUCAACUUGGAAAAUCCCCGCUGGAUAUGAAGGGGUUAAUAUGCAGCGCCGACGGACAGCUGGGGGAAUCCCUCCUCAGAGCGUUACCGCGUCAUUGCGUCACGUUACCGCGUCAUUGCGUCACGUUACCGCGUCAUUGCGUCACCUUACCGGAAAGGACAGAAAGGGGAAGAGACUCUUUCAAGAAACGCCAGUUGCAAACAAAUCAGACAACGUUCUGUCCAGCAGCAGCAAAGCUGCGCUAGAAAACGUGGAAAAAGCAGCACUGGUACAGCCAUAAAAAGCCUGGAGAAACGGCCGGUUUUUUACCUUGCAGUAUACCUAGCAGUUUACCACUUGCAACCCACUUACAACUGUACCCACAAUACCUACCUGCUACAACUUACCUGUACCUGUGAAAAUACAAAAAGAAAAGUAAAGAGGAGUUAAAGAAGGAAAACGGUGUGGUCAUUGCAUGAGUGGAACCCAGUUAAACCUCCUAUGGUCUGUACCAAUCCCUUUCAAGCAGGGAAGCUGCACAAACACUAGAUAGCUUGACAGUCACUCUUUCACCAUUUCUUUCCAAUGGAACAUUGAACAGCUGCUUCAUAUUCAUUUGGUUUCUCUUCUCUUCCCUGUCAAUGGUUGAGAUGCUGACUGUUUGGAUGUUUUCAAAGAUGUUGUUGUCCUCUAUAAUGGCACUCUUUAUUUCACUUAGUCUUAUGGCAUUGUUUUCUACAACCAUGGUGCAAAUAGGCUGCUCCUGUUCAGGUGCGAAAAGGGGCCCUCUGCCACCCCUGUGAGGUUGUCUUGCAAUUCUAUGUGGAAAAAAAUACAGUACAGUAAAAGUAUACUUACUGUAUAUUGUAAAAUGCAAGUGGAAUACUGUAAUAUUUAAUGAAGCAUUACAGAAAGUAUACAGUGCCUGUUGUUAGAUUACAUACCUGUUCUGUUGAUAAAAAGUCUGAAUGAUUGAGAACACAGUUGUUCUCCCAACAUUUGGCUGCACCCUUCGACCAGCCUCGGCCAUUGUAAGCCCAUGAUUGAGAACAUCUACAAGUCUACAAGUGUGGCUCUUAUCUCAUCAGGAACUUGCAUUCUGACUCUUCCUCUGUUGUGCUUCCCAGCUCCUCCGCCACGCAGCCGCAAUCCUCUUCCUCUUCUCUCUGGCUGUUGACCCUGUCCAAUUCCUUGUCCUUCCAUGGUCAAACAUUGUAACAUUGUGUUUUGCUCCAGCUAUAUAUAUACUUGAUGGUUCAUGAGUUGCACCUUUGAGCUACUUCAGUAAACUGGUUGAUCAUUGGUUUAUCUAACGCUUCAUUCAUUAGAGAAAGUCAAGAGUCCGGUAGCAAUUUAUAAUUCAAGACAGAUGUAGAAAAAGGUCUAAUGGAAAUAUAUAGAAAUAUGGUUGACAUAUUAUGACAACUUGUUCAACCAUUUUGCAUGUAAAGACCUAUGCAAUGACCUAAUGCCUAAAUGUUGUGGGGGUGAGACUAUUCAAUAGAGACCCAUUACAAUACAUUUUGAUCAACAUGACAUAAGCAAUUGAUAAUGUAGAAAAGAGCAGAGAAUUUUACAUAAUAAUUUGCACGGAUGUACCAAAGCAUUUGCAACGUGUUCAAAUAAAUGCGAAAAUGCUUUUUUGAUGUGAACAAGUGACGCACUGAUGUGAAGAUUGAACAGGUCGUUUUGAGAACUUCAAUUCUGAUCUGAGAAAUGUACCAAAGCGACUGAGAAAAACUGUAAUAUCGGAAUAACAUUUGUUCCAUUUAUAUUUUCUGAUUAAUAUAUUAUUAUUCUUAAGGCACUUAUGGAAGCAUUAUUCACUAAUAAAAUGAGAAAUCAUCUGCUGAA